AUGCCAACGUAUCAGUGCAUUAAUAUGAUAGUAGAUUUUUACGAGUUUCUUGGUGAUGUAUUUCCGGUCAUUCAAAUUGUUCAUCAAAUUAAACGACCACCGGCACAACAUCUUGGAGUUGGGGUGCUGCAGGAAGACAGAUUUAUGAUUAUGGGUUCUUUUGGACGGAGGAAUUCCCCGUUGAUUUGGUUGUCAUCGUGGCUGAAGAGCCGAGCCCUGAAGAAGACAACAUUAUUGGCGGUAAUAUUAGCCUUUCUUCUCCUUCUGAUUGUUCUGAGACUGUUUGUCAAAAACCCAGACCACUUCUUCAUUGCUUCGGAGGCUUGUCAUUUAGCCGGGAUCGUUGUUCUGAUUUACAAACUCACCACCAAAAAGACCUGCUCCGGCUUAUCGUUGCAGUCUCAGGAGCUGACUCUGAUAUAUUUGGGGCUAAGCCUUUACUCGAGUGUUUUCAUCCAUGAUCACAGCCAUGGCCUUAUAUACUCUUUACUUGAUUUGGCUACAAUUCUAUCAACUUUAUGGGUUAUAUAUACCAUGCGAUUCAAAUUGAAGUCAACCUACGUUGCAGCGUUGGACAAUACGCCCCAUUAUUAUCUGGUUGUUCCAUGUGCAAUUCUAGCUUUGAUUGUCCAUCCACAUUUAUUCAGUGGGUUUAUGAGCAAAAUCCUAUUGGCAUUUUCUGUUUAUAUUGAAGCUGUAGCCGUAGUGCCCCAACUUCGCUUAAUUAAGAAUGCCAAGAUGAUUGAACCAUUCACUGCUCACUAUGUUUUCGCCUUGGGUAUCUCAAGAUUCUUGAGCUGUGCUCAUUGGAUAAUUCAGGUUUACGAAUCGGCUGGGAAGUAUAUGCUAAUGGUAGGAAACGGGUACUUGUGGGUUUUAAUGGCACUCCUCGCAGAAAUUGUUCAGACAUUCAUAUUGGCUGACUUUUGUUACUAUUACAUUAAGAGAGUCCCAACUUCCCAACCGAAGUCUCAAUGGAAGAUGGAAAGGUUCUGUGAACACAUCCAGUCAACUAUGUUGGGUUUGGUUUGGGAAAAAAAGAUAAUGUUGGAGGUAUCAAGAGUUGGUGUGGCAGAGAGUGACGAUGAAAUUGAGCUGAGUUUGGAGUUAUCAAUUGGGGGAAGAUAUGGGAAAUGCAAGAAACCCAGGCAGCAGAUAAUUGAGGAAUCUUCUUCCUUGCGCAGGGAAAAUCAUGAAAAAGCGGUAAUUGAAAAUGUGGUAAUUCCAAGGCCCGUUUUUCCAUUUCCUGAGGCCUCUGCAAUUCGGGUUGGGGGUGAGUUUCAAGUGGAGGCGGGUAUUGAGACCGCCACAACCGGGUCGGGUAUUCCGGAGUCGACGGUGGAUCAAACCCGGAAGCGAGAGAUUCAGGCAUUGAGAAGGUUGGAAGCAAGGAGGAAGAGGGAAGUGAGAAUGAGAAAAUCAGCAGGUUGGUUCAGAGGAAUCACCAUUAAUGGGAAUGGUAAUAACAAUAAUAAUUGUUUUGACAAGGUGGGUCUUGAGGCGCAAAAGUUUCAAGAACGGGCUCAAGAUAGGAAAAUCAGAGAAGACGAAAGCUUGUUGUUAGAUGAUGAUACGGCACAUAGGAAAAAGGACACUCUUAAAGUUACCAACUUUGCAGUGAAAAACGAUGAAACGGCCAUUCAAGGCCAAUGUGUUCCGUUGAAGGACGGAUUUUCGUAUCAGGCGUAUGGGGCGCCGCCGGGUUACGGUGGCGGUGGUGUUCGGAACGAGGAGAAUGAGAUGAAGGAGAAGCAGCAGAAUAAAAUGUUUCAACCUGUCGCUUGUGGGAGUUUUAGGCCUUAUGUUAAUGGGAAUGGGAAUAAUAAUUCGGAGAUUGUCAGGCAAAAUUCAGAGGCUACUGGUCAAGAUUCUUCGGGACAGAACCAAAGUGGCAUUAUCACUAGGAUUGUAAACCAAAAUGCUGCAUCUAAUGGGUCUCUGGAGAGGAGUUCAUCAGCCGUUUCAGAUUACAGAAGCACCUCUGGGAAAGGAGGAAGCACGAGCGAUACUGGAAGCCAUUCUAGCUGCUUACAAGCUAAUGACAGACAGUUGAGUAUCACUGCUACCAGCAAUACACAAAAUCAGGCCGAAAUCAAUGCAAAAUUGCUAGCACCCAAGAAUUCUACCACCAAAUUGCCAAGGGAAUCAGACUGUGGCGCAGGCGACAACACUGCAGCAAUUUACAAAGUCAAAACUGAACCUGAGGCAGUGACAUCAAAGCCGGAAAACCCAACUUCUAAUCAUCUGAAGCAAUCUAGUAACUCCUCAGACAAUCCUUCCAACCAUCAACAGCAGCAGAACUGUGGCCAUCGCAUGCCACCGCUCCCGCAGAUGCCCUGUGUUUCCACCACAGGAAACGGGCCAAACGGGAAAACCGUAACCGGUUUUCUUUACAGGUACACUAAGAAUGAAGUCAGCAUCGUCUGUGUUUGCCAUGGGAGUUCUUUUACCCCGGCUGAGUUUGUGGAGCAUGCAGGAGGGACCGACGUGACUAAUCCGCUCCGGCACAUAACCAUGGUUGCUUCACCGUUUGUAUGA